CAGUUUGUUUGACAUGGAAGCAUGUGAGUAAGUGACUCCGCCAAGCCGCUGUACAGUGGGAGCAAUGGCAGACUUGCAGGCCCAAGAGGUCAUCACGGUGUGGCCAGCAGCCAUGGUCAACCCAGACACAGAGCAGGACUCGGGGCUUGAGGAGGAGGAGGAGGAGGAUGACAUCUCAACCCAGCAGAACCAACAUGAGGACGACUCCACUAUCUUCAUCUCCUUCCAGGGCAACAUUGAGGACAAGGACUUCCAAGCCAAGCUGGACAGGAUCUUAGAGAGCGUACCUGACAUGCUUCAACUGGGCUAUGACAGACUGAGCCCACAGCAGGUGGAGCCCUGGAACAGCGUGCGGGUCACCUUUAAUAUCCCCAGAGAUGCGGCGGACCGUCUACGCCUGCUCGCCCAGAACAACCAACAGCAGCUACGAGAACUAGGAAUCCUCUCUGUGCAGAUCGAAGGUGAAGGUGCCAUAAAUGUGGCUUUAGUGCAGAACAGGGGUCAAGAGGUCAGAGUCAAUGGGCCCAUGGGACCAGCCAAUCAGAUGAGAAUGGAGGUGGGCUUCCCAGUGCAGCCAGGUCCAGGCACUGUCAGAAUGAACAAUCCCUCUGCGUCUAUGGUUGCAUCAGGAGGUAACCCACAGAUGAAUGUCAGGACACCACGCCCACCCUCACAAACAGAUUCAUUGGACCCCAUGCUAUCAAAUUUAAAUAUGCAGCAGCAACAGCAGCAGCAGCAGCAGCUGCAGCCUGCACACUCAUCAGUCUCCAUGCAGCCUCAGACUCACCCCAUGCAAGCAAUGCAGGCAAUGCAGAAUAGCAGGCAGCUUAACCCAGUGACCCUGCAGCAGCUUCAGCAGCAGCAGCAGCAGCAGCAACAACAACAACAACAGCAGCAGCAGCAGCAGCAGCAGCAACAACAAACCCCACACCCUGCACUGGGGGGCGCUCGCGCGCCAUUCACCCCACCUACCCAGAUUCCCAUCCCUGCCGGCUGGAACCAGCUUCCCUCGGGGGCUCUCCAGCCACCCCCUGCCCAAGGCCCCCUUGGAGCUGGUUGGAAGAAAGGGCCCCAACCUGGGCAUAUGGCACCCCGGCCUUCCUUGGCAACAAUUCAGACCCCUAGCCACCCACCUCCCCCCUAUCCCUUUGGAAGCCAGCAGGCUGGCCAGGUAUUUAACCCAAUGGGACAGCCACCUGGGAAUGGCCAAUUUUCAGCCCCACAGCCAAAGGUCCUCCAGGGGCCUCCUGGAGUGAGGGGCCCCCCUCCCUCUGCACCACCUCAGUCUCAUCUCUCUGCCAAGUCGCCAGCCUCCUCCCCAUCCCCCUUUCAACAGGGCUCUCCUGGGACACCCCCCAACAUGGGACAGAACCAGGCUCAACUGGGCCCCCGUCCCUCCGGUCCCCAGGGGUUCCCACAGGCUGGUGGCUCCCCUGGGCGGGCUGUGAUGGGACAGCAGGGUAACAUGCAGCCCAGCUUCAUGGUGAUGUCACAACAGAGCCAGGUGUCUCAGGUCCCUCAUUCUGGCAUAGGAGGUAUCCCUAAACGGCUGCCUAUGGGGUUCCCCAAUGCACAAGGCAAUCAGACCUUCCUCCCGGGCCAGGGCCCCCCCAGCACUGCUGGGACGCCAGUCAGCAACAGCAACCCUCAGCUGCAGAGCAGUCUGAGCAUUCAGCAUGCAGGAGGCCAGCCGUCUACUUCGGCUAAUCAGAUGCAAGGUCCACAUGGCCACCCAAACGUUAUCCAAACUAAUAUGAUGGGUCUGCACGGUGGUAUGAACAAUCAGUCAGUGGGGAGUGCUGCCGGAGGAAACUUAGUGCAGACCCAACAGGGCCUCCAGGCUCAGAUGAUGGGUUUACAGAACCAGCCUACGUCCUCCUCCCAAGGCCAGAGUGGGGGCCAGAUGAUCCUAUCUAGGGCUCAGUUGGUCAACCAGGGGCAAAUGCUGGUGACUGGCCAGAAUCCUAACAUGGGCCCUCAGCGGGGGAUGACCCCACCCAAGCAGAUGAUGCCCCAGCAGGGUCAGCCCAUGAUGCAGGGUCACGGGUUGGUGGGGAAUCAGGGGCAGCAGGUUGUUUUGCAGCAGAACCCCAUGAUAGAGCAGAUGAUAGCCAAUCAGAUCCAAGGGAACAAACAGGCCUUUGGGAUUCAGGGCCAAUCAAACAUCAUGCAAGGGCAGAUGAUGAGAGGGCAAGCACCUAAUGUGCAAGGAGGUCUGGGUCAGUUCCAAGGACAGAUGUCUCAACAGCAGCAGCAGCAGCAGCAGCAGCCGCCACAAGUUGUAUCAAUGAAUGGAAAUCCCAACCAAGUAAUGGGCCUCCAUGGUCAACCCAUGAGACUGCCAGGAGGCCACCACUUAGUCCAGCAGCAGCUGCAGCAGCAGCAACCACCACAACAACUGCAACAAGCACCACAGCUCAGUGACCCCAGUGGAGGUGCUGGAGAUAUGACUAUGCAGCAGCAGCAACAGCAGAUGCUCCCAGAUGUUCAGCAACAGCAGCAAGGUGGAAUGGUUGGACCACUUAACAUGCAGGCCAGCAAUAGCCACUUUCACAGCAUUGGGAUGCCCUUCAAUGCCCAGUUUGGAGGCCAGAUGGCAAUGGGUGGCCCUUGUAUACAGGCUAGUUUCCCUGGUAACAAGGAUGUCACCCUGACCAGCCCGCUGCUGGUCAACCUGCUGCAGAGCGACAUCUCUGCUAGUCAGUUUGGACCUGGCGGGAAGCAGGCAGGAGCCAAUCAGGGAAAGCCCAAGAAGAAGAAGCCCCCCCGCAAGAAGAAGAACAACAACGGAGUUGUUGGUGGGCAGCAGCCAGAAGAGGCACUGGGUGGUCCAGAUGUGCGGCCUCCAGGAAUGGCAGACCCAGAGACUCAGAUCUUGAGUGUGGAGCAGGGUGUUGGAAUGGACACUGUAGGUCCUAAGCGCUCAGACUUCACCAACAGACCUCAAGGGUUUCCCGGACAGCCAGGAGAUCAGAGAGUAAUACAGCAAAUGCCCAUUCAGUUCAUGCAACAUGGACCACCACCACAACAGCAGCAGCAGCUGCAGCACCAGCAGUUACAGCAGCAGCAGUUACAACAACAGCAGCAAUUACAGCAGCAGCUACAACAGCAGCAGUUACAGCAGCAGCAACAGCAGUUACAGCAGCAGCAACAAGUGCAGUCUCUACAGCCGGGCCAGCAAGGGAUGAUUUCCCAAGGUCAAACUCAGCAGCAGCAUCUACAUCAGCAACAACAGCAGCAGCAACUACAACAACUACAGCAGCAGCAGCAACUACAACAACUACAGCAGCAACAGCAGCAACAGCAACAACAACAGCAACAGCAGCAGCAGCAGCAGCAGCAGCAGCAACAACAGCAGCAGCAGCAGCAGCAGCAGCAGAUGAUGAUGAUGCUCAUGAUGCAACAGGACCCCAAAUCUGUCAGAUUACCUGUACCUCAGGGAGGUCCUCAGCCCAGGGGACCCUUAAAUUCUGGAGAUGUCCAGAGGAUGCCUGUGACCCAGCAAGGCAACAUGCCCGUGAUGAUCAGCCUCCAAGGUCCAGGUGCUAUACCACCGUCCCCAGAUAAGCCUAGAGUUCCCCUUAUGGUGAACCCACAACUUGCAGGUGUUGCAAGAAGAAUGCCUUUCCAGGAUGCGGCACAAGGAAGCCCUGCCUUGACCUCUGAGGAGGGCACUUCCAUGCUUCCCUUGCAGGAUGGCACAUCCAUAGAAGGAGGACACCAGGCUAGCAAUGGGGUACCCCAGUUAGUAGGCACUCCAGGUCCCAACCAGCUCCUGAUGAAGCCUGGGCCCUCAGCUAUUCCCCAGCACCAGGGAACAAGCCCCCAACAGCAGCUUCAGCAGCAGCAAACAGCCCCCAUGUCAGGUUCACACAGUCUUCAUUUUCCCAAUGUCCCCACCUCCUCACAGACCUCCCGGCCCAAGACACCCAACCGGGCUAGCCCUAGACCCUACUACCCUCAUACCCCCACCAACCGUCCUCCUAGCACAGAGCCCUCAGAGAUCAACCUGUCCCCAGAGAGGUUAAACGCCUCAAUCGCAGGCCUCUUUCCACCACAGAUAAACAUCCCUCUUCCCCCUAGGCAGCCUAAUCUGAGCCGAGGCUUCGACCAACAGGGCUUGAACCCUACAACUCUGAAGGCCAUAGGGCAAGCCUCAAUAAAUCUGGGCUCCCUUAACAACAACGGGCAACAGGCUUUCCCCCAGAACACCCCUGGGUCCUCCCCAGUUGGCAAACAGCACUCCACGGGCGGCCCUGCCAAAAGGGCCAGUCCGAGCAACAGCAGACGCGCCAGCCCUGCUUCCAGCCGCAAGACUACCCCCAGUCCAGGGCGGCAGAAUGCCAAGGCAGCCAAGCUUACCAUAAACUCUCCCCCCAACCAGCCCCUGGUGAACCCACAAAACAUGCUGGUCAAUCCCCCUCCUGUUUUGCCCAGCCCUGUCAGUAGUACCUUGCCUCCCUCUACAUUGGGUCAGCAGCACAUGCAGAGCCCCUAUCCCACUGGUCCUGUUGAAAUGAACAAGGAGGGGCAGAUGGCACAGAUCGAAGGACGACAGGUUGUGCAGCCGCCUAGUGACCCUCCUGUGACUGAGAUAAAGAGUCCCCACUUACUCCAGGAGCAGAAAACGGCUUCUGUGGAAGAGUUUACUCGACUAGAUACUCUAACACAUGACAAAGCCCAACCGGUUGCUCAAGAGGAGUCCAAAGCCGCUCAUUCUUCAGUUUUGAGGGAAGCCCCGACUUCUCUCGGUCAACUGCUUGACAAUUCCGACGCUCCCAAUGUUUCCCUUAACCCUGUUCAAGAAGGACUGUUGGAAGAGGAGAUGAAUCGGAAGGAGACCCCAUCUACCUUUCCACGGGAUCAGGAGCCCCUUCGCAACCCUGCCACUACUCAGAGCUCUGAUACCAGCGUCCCUGACGUGAAAGAGCCAACACCAAAUCCUAAUCCUGUGCAAAGUGUCCCAGCUGUUUUGCAGAGGUCAACGCCCUCAACAUCUGUCCCGUCCAAUCAGAUCACUGUCUUUGUGGCGUCAAAUCCCAUCAGCUCCUCAAGUAGUACUUCCCCCAACUUCAUCACAGGACCUGUAAUCAUCAACCCAAUCUUUCAAGUCAUGAAGGGGUCUCGGCCUGGUCAGCUCCCUGCAGCAUCCAUACCCCCCAGCACAAGCAAUGUGUCUAAGCAAGUCACUGUACUUGGCACUCUCCAAGUUCCCCCUAAUAUACAAUUCUCUCAAGCACCUACCACUACUCAGUCUUCAACAAUCAAUCCCUCCAACACCCAGCCAGGUCGCCACCUUGUUGUAGGACAAGUCCCCCAACCCCCUAACCCGGUGCUGUCAGUAAAUGUGUUCCCCCAACCCCAACCUACUGAAACCCCUAAGGAGUCCAAUCCUAUUGAGAUGGCCUCAGCCAAACCCGGCCCUGUUGAGAAACCUUCCACCCACUCCAGCCUCUCCUCUUCCUGUAAACCGCAUGGCACUCCAUCCAGUCCAGGGACCAGCAAUACUAGGAGAAACCCAAUGUCCCCUACAACUACUCUAGGCAAGGCGACGAGCAAGCCUGACAAUAGUGGCCAGAUACACAUGACCAAACCAUGUCAGAGUGUUCUUGCCUCUCCACAAAAAGCUGAGGACCACAAGCCGCCUUCUGAAGUUGAUACACAGCCGGCGGUGGUUUCUGAAGGUCCACAACCCUUGGCCUCUCCAGCCAAUGUCCAGCCGGCCCCGUCAGAUGGGAAAUGCCCUGCCCUCCUUCCUCCCCAGGGUGCUUCGCAGAAAAGCCACCUGGUCCCAGCUCCCUCUACAGGUGGACCAGCUCUCACUGGAUCUUCCAUCUCAGUGCGCUGCUCACCACCUACACCUACAACUGGUAUCCCUACUGAGGGACGUCCUGCUCCCCAAGUGUCCGAGAGCAGCCUGCUAGUAACGCAUGGGGACCCAGUGGAGGAGAAGGUGAUUCUGGGAAGCACCGAGCUCGCCCCGAGUACAGCAUCCAUUCAGCAAGAACCACAACAGCAGGAGAUGACUUGUGUUGAGAAAGCAACUGGACAUGAAGUAGCUACUGUAACGGAACAGGGAUGUAUAAAGAAAAGAAAGAUGCCUGUUCACGUUGACCCAAGGGAAGCCAAGAAUCUCCCAGAGAAGCCGAAGGCCCCCAGCAGACGGAGCUCUCGAGCGGAGAGGGAAGCAGAGGAAGGGUCCACCCCACAGGAGGCAGCUGAGAACGGGCAGCGCAAGAGGUCAGCCAGGCCGGGCUCUGCCUCCACUGCAGCUGCGAGAGAUACAAACACAGGUGCAAGCUCGAAUCAAGCCAAGCGAAGGAAAUCCAAAUAACACCGUACUGUUAACUUGUGAAUUGUAAAUGUUUGUGAAUUAUUUUUACUAUCUUUUUGUUUUUGGUUUUUUUCCUGGGCAAAUAUUUUUUUUAAAGGAAGAAUAAUUGUGUACAGAUUGUUUUAAUAAUUAUAAUAAUGAUGUUUCCCGCAGCAAUGUGAGUUUUAUUUUAGGAGUUACUGUCUUGUCUUCAAACGCUGGAAUGAUAUUUAGGCACCUCUGAUUUAUCGAAAUGUCACGAGUAUCUUGUAUAAUUGUGCUGGAAAGCUUAAUUAAAUUUUCUACCACUC